AAUAAAUAUCAUUUGUAGUACUACUUUUUAAUGCCAAUUUUACCUAUAAAUACAUUCAUAAUCCUCCUAUGUCAACCCAUCUUGAGCUUAGUUUUUAAGUAUUUAGUGAGAAAAAAGAGUGAGCCAGUAAUUACGAAAUCAAAAACCAUGGCUGCUACUGCUACUAGCGUUGCUCCAAAUUUCUUGAUUGUUGACCCAAAAAAGGGCAAAAAAAGAGACAUAUUCAAGUAUUUGGUGAGCAAUGAUGUGAAAAGUGGAGUCAAAUUCUUGGAAAGUUCCCAGGAUGAUGUUAAGGGUGGUGCAGCUGUUCAUCAUAGAUCCCUUCUAUUAAUUUCUAUUAUCGUUCGGAGACUUCUUACAUUUCUUGAAACGCCAUUACAAUUUCUUGGCUUUAUCAUUGAAUUCAUCCUCAAUUUCAUUUCUCAAAAUGGUGGAUUCUUUGGCAUAUUAAAUAACCUUUUUCGUGCAAACCUGAAGAUACCACAGAAAGGAACAGAAAAUUUCUUAAGCGCGAUUGGGCAUUUAGAUGGACGUAUCGACCUACAUAAGACUACAAUCCUGUCGGAGAAAGUUGAUGAUUCUAUUGCUGCUGAUGUUAGCAACGUUAAAUCGGAACACGGUAUCCGAUCGGAACUUGGUAAUCGAUAUGUGAUGGAUCUUUGUGUCAUGGCAGCUAAAUUAGUAUAUGAAAAUAAAAUAAUUGUUCAAAAUGUCGUCGAGCGUCAGUGGAAGAUGCAUUUCGAGGCCUUUUACAACUGCUGGAAUGAACAACAAAAACAAAGCAACACCCAGGUUUUCAUAUGCUGUGACAAGCCAAAAGAUGCAAAUCUGAUCGUCGUCAGCUUCAGAGGAACCGAACCAUUCAAUGCACAAGAUUGGAACACAGAUUUCGAUUUCUCCUGGUAUGAAAUCCCAAAAGUUGGCAAAAUCCAUAUCGGAUUUUUAGAAGCUUUAGGGUUAGGCAACAGAGGAAAUAUUGCCACCUUUCAAACUCACCUUCAAAAGAAACAAACAAAUUUCUUACAGCUUGUUGGUCAGUCUGAAAGUAUAGUGGCGCAAUGGGCAAGAAGAAGUGCUUAUUAUGCCGUGUCAAUGAAGCUUAAGAGCUUACUUAAAGAACACAAGAACGCAAAAUUUGUGGUCACCGGACAUAGUUUAGGUGGCGCACUCGCAAUAUUAUACCCGUCGAUUCUGGUUAUUCAGGAGGAGACUGAGAUGCUGGAGAGGCUGAUGAACGUUUACACAUUCGGACAGCCGAGAAUCGGGGACGUUCAGCUGGGGAAUUUCAUGGAGUCUCAUUUGAAUUAUCCAGUGACUAGAUAUUUUAGAGUUGUUUACUGCAAUGAUCUGGUUCCAAGAGUUCCUUUUGAUGACAAGAUUUUCUCUUUCAAGCAUUUUGGAACUUGUCUUUACUAUGAUAGCCGCUACUUUGGUCAGUUCAUGGAUGAGCAGCCAAACCCUAAUUUCUUUGGGUUGACACACAUAAUUCCAAUGAGGAUUAAUGCAUUAUGGGAGCUAGUGAGAAGUUUGCUGAUUAGGCAUAUACAUGGACCAGACUAUGAGGAGGGUUGGUUCUGCACUCUUGCCAGGGCAGCCGGACUUUUGCUUCCCGGAAUUUCCGCUCAUAGUCCGGUCGAUUAUGUCAAUUCCGUCAGGCUCGGAAGGGAAAGAGUAGCUCCUAUGACAUCCUUGAAAAGCUUCACUCGCAAAAUGUAAUACUAAUAAUACCUUCUCUUGAUAUGAGGUCAAGAGAGUAAUAAAUUAAAUUAAAAGGAUGCAUAUUAUUUACAUUUAAUUUUCAUUAGGGCAAAAAGUAUCUCUAGCUUUACUGUAAUAUACAUUGCAGAUCAUGACAACUUUGUUUUUCUUAUCU